CUAGUGAAGAGUUCGUCCAUUUUGAGGGGACGCGAAUCGCUAUUGGAUCUAAAUCAGCUAUAAAUAUUUAUCUUAGAUUACAAAAAUGAAUCCAAACUUUGAAAGUAUUGGAAAGCAAUUUGUCAACGAAUACUAUUCGAGAUUUGACACGAAUCGAGCAUACCUAAAAGAAUUAUAUCGUCCAUUCUCAAUGCUAACGUUUGAAGGAGAUCAAUUUCAAGGCGUUGAUGCAAUUAUAACAAAGCUUACGUCAUUACCUUUCCAGACAGUAGCCCAUGUUAUUACUACUACUGAUGUCCAACCAUCACCAAACAAUGGUGUCUUAGUAUUCACUGUUGGACAGCUAAAGACUGACAAUGAUCCUCCGCACAGCUUCAGUCAAACCUUUUUACUAAUGCCUGAAGACAAAGAGCUACAAUCCUAUUAUGUCUUGAAUGAUUUGUUUCGGUUAUCAUUACAUCAUGCAUGAUUAUGACAAAGACUAUCUCAGCGCAGUGGGUCAUUGGAGGAAUUAUAACUGAUGUAAACCAUAUCAAGGAUUCUCAAAAUGUAGACUUGUAAUUGUUCAAGUGUUGUAAGCAUUGUUUUCAUCAUAAAUAAGAUCAAUGACUAGGAAAUAAAAUAUUUUGAUACAUUUAUACCUCUUUAUAACAUGCAAAUUAUUGCUACAGUAUUGGAAAAAAACAUAUCUGACUGCAGUUAAAAGUUGACUAUAUUUCAUCAUUCAGUUCCCAGUUUGAUCUWUGUUAUACCAGCAAUAUUGGACUAAGCUUUGCACUUGUCCACUUUGCUCUGAAUGUUUUAUAAAGAAAACAAAACAAUUCAAUAAAAUUAAUAAAUGCCAAUAAAGUGCAUUCAAACUCA